AAUUAGUGGCAUCAACUCCACAAAUCAGUGCUCUCUCUCUCUUUCUGUGUAAAAUUUGAUAUUUUGUUGUGUUGUCCAAAUUAAAAGAACUCAUCUAGGAAGACGAAACUGGUGUGCGAUGAAGAAGCUGCACCACCAGCUGGGCUCUCACGCGCCGUCGCCUCUAAAGGAAGGCUUCUACUGUGUUUUAAUAAUCUUAUUCCUAUUGGAGAUUGCUGGAGCUCAAACUACAAGAAAUGCCACCGUUGAUCCAUCUGAAGCAAGAGCUUUGAACUCUAUUUUUCAGCGUUGGGGAAUUUCUGGAACAAAUCAAGGAUGGAACAUUAGCGGCGAAUUAUGCGAUGGAGUUGCAACUGAUGAUACAGCAAUUGACGUUAUCAAUCCGGGUAUUAAAUGUGGUUGCUCUUUCAACAAUGGCACCGUUUGCCGCAUUACUGCACUGAGAGUUUAUGCACUGGAUGUUGUAGGUCCAAUACCGAAUGAGCUCUGGAAUUUGACUUACCUUACUAAUAUAAAUCUAGGCCAAAACUAUUUGACAGGUCCACUGCCUGCAACUAUUGGAAUUCUCACUCGCAUGCAGUACUUGUCUAUUGGAAUUAAUGCGUUAUCAGGGGAGCUUCCAAGGGAACUUGGGAGGUUAACAGACUUAAGAUCGCUGAGUUUAAGCACAAACAAUUUCUCUGGUCCUCUACCAUAUGAGCUUGGGAAUUUAACAAGACUAACUCAAAUUUACUUUGAUAGCACUGGUGUUAGUGGGCCAAUACCCGCAACAUUUUCUAGUCUAACGGGAUUGGAGAGAGUGUGGGCCUCAGACAAUGAACUCACUGGUCGUAUUCUUGACUUUAUUGGAAGUUGGUCAAAUCUAAUUGCCCUGAGGUUUCAAGGGAACUCCUUUCAAGGGCCAAUACCACCAUCAUUCUCCAAUUUGACCUCUUUGAAUGAUUUGAGAGUAAGUGAUCUAUCUAAUGGAAGCUCUGCACUGGACUUCCUUAGCAAUAUGACGUCUCUAAGCACCUUAGUUUUGCGUAAUAAUAACAUUUCUGGUUCCAUACCUUCCAAUAUUGGUGACUAUUGGAGUUUAAAACUGUUGGAUUUGAGCUUCAACAAUUUGACUGGACGCAUCCCAAAUUCACUUUUCAAUCUGAGUUCACUUACUAACUUGUUUCUUGGUAAUAAUAAUUUGAAUGGUACCCUGCCUGCAGUAAAGGGUCCAACUCUCCGGAACAUAGAUCUAUCGUACAAUUCAUUUUCAGGGAGCUUCCCUACAUGGAUCAGUGAACGAAAUUUACAAAUUAAUUUGGUUGCCAACCGCUUCACUAUAGACAAUUCCAAUGGAAGUGUUUUGCCUUCAGGAUUGAAUUGUCUGCAACAGAAUUUUCCUUGCAAUCGAGGAUCGCCUAUCUAUUCCAGCUUUGCAAUCAAAUGUGGUGGUCCACAAAUUCAAUCAUCAGAUCAGAUUGUGUAUGAGAUGGAUAAUGAGACUCUUGGUCCGGCAACACAUUACAUGAUCAGUACAGAGAGGGGGGCAGUUAGCAAUGUUGGUCUGCCUGCUGAUAGCAACAACCCUGAAUAUAAAACAUCCUCUUCGUCCCAAUUCACGAAUACUUUGGAUUCAGAGUUGUUUCAAACUACACGAAUUUCUGCUGGAUCUUUGAGAUACUAUGGCUUGGGUCUUGAGAAUGGUAAUUACACUGUGAGACUUCAGUUUGCAGAGAUCGAAAUCCUAGGAACUAGAACUUGGAGGAGUCUUGGAAAGCGUGUUUUUGAUGUAUAUGUUCAGGGGAAACGAGAGUUGAAAGACUUUGACAUACUAAGAGAGGCUGGUGGGACUGCUUUGAGAGCUGUUGUAAGGGAAUUGCAAGUACAAGUGUCUGAAAACUACCUUGAAAUUCAUCUCUUUUGGGCUGGAAAAGGGACUUGUUGUGUACCUGAUCAAGGUACAUAUGGACCUUCUAUUUCGGCAAUAAGUGCCACCCCAGAUUUCGUUCCCACCGUUCGAAACGGUCCUCCAAGUGGGAAGAAGAAUAGGACUGGUCUGAUUGUUGGGAUUGUAGUUGCUGUAGGAGCUGUAAGCUUUCUUUCUGUAUGUGUAGCAUACUAUUUGGCUCAGAGAAGAAGAAAGAAGAAGAGCUAUGAGGAUGAAGAAUUCUUGGGAAUGGAUGCAAGACCUUACACAUUUAAUUAUGCGAAGCUAAGAGCUGCAACAGAUGACUUCAAUCCUGAUAAUAAGCUUGGAGAAGGAGGAUUUGGACCUGUGUACAGGGGAAAACUUGAGGAUGGAAGAGUUGUUGCCGUAAAACAAUUGUCUGUUGCAUCCCAUCAAGGAAAGAGUCAGUUUUUUGCAGAGAUUGCUACUAUAUCUGCUGUUCAGCACCGUAACCUUGUAAAAUUGUAUGGAUGCUGCAUCGAGGGAGAUAAACGGUUACUUGUUUACGAGUAUCUCGAAAACAAGAGUCUUGAUCAAGUAUUAUUUGGUAAGAACGAGACACAUUGUCCACGCUACAUAUUAAGUAACUUCCAUAUCUUGGAGACUGAAUCUUUAUGCUUUGUUGGAACAGGGAAUAGAAGUAUAUCUCUUGAAUGGCCAACACGCUUUGAGAUAUGCUUGGGAGUAGCAAGAGGUCUUGCUUAUCUGCACGAGGAAUCUCGACUUCGAAUUGUACAUAGAGAUGUUAAAGCCAGUAACAUUUUGCUCGACUCUGAUCUGAACCCUAAAAUUUCAGAUUUUGGUCUGGCCAAAUUGUAUGAUGACAAAAAGACCCAUAUAAGCACCCGUGUUGCUGGAACAAUUGGGUAUCUUGCACCUGAAUAUGCCAUGCGUGGACACCUUACUGAGAAAGCAGACGUAUUUAGCUUCGGAGUUGUAGCUCUAGAGAUUGUCACUGGAAGGCCGAAUUCUGACUCAAGUUUGGAAGACGAUAAAAUGUAUCUUCUUGAAUGGGCUUGGAAUCUUCAUGAGACAAACCAAGAAAUGGAACUUGUUGACAGAACAUUAUCCGAAGUGAAUGAGGACGAAGUAAAAAGAAUUAUAGGAAUCGCUCUUAUGUGCAGUCAAACAUCACCUGGUUUGCGGCCUUCAAUGUCACGUGUGGUGUCAAUGCUUUCUGGAGACAUUGAGGUGCCCCCAGUCACUUCAAAGCCUGGAUACCUGACUGACUGGAAAUUUAGGGAUGCAACAACCUUUAUGUCGAACACAGAGAGUUCAACUUCAAGAUCCGAUAUUAGUCAGUGCAAUCCAUCAAAUGUAACAAGCAGGGCAACCACAAAUCCAUCUUAUUCACCUAUCACUGAUUCGAAACCCAUUCUUCAGGAGAUUAUCGGCGAUGGCAGGUGAAAUUAAAUAGUGUAGUAGUAUUUUCUGGUUGAAGAUAAAUAAGCAUUCCUUUAGAAUUAAAAUUGUGUGGUGGUGGUUAAAUAUUUUCAAUUUUCAUGAUAUUGUGAUAGUUCCAUAUUGUAGUGAUGAUGUGAUGUUAUUUCUUAGUAGUAUGUUUGUAAUAUUAUAGGAUCUUUACUUUUACAUUUAUUUGUCUUUCUAAAACACGAAAUAUUUAUACAAUUUCUGUCGUUUUUUCA